ACAGCGGCUGGGCCAUGUGAUCCUGCCCGCCCCCUCUCCAGGAAGCGCCGCGGAGAAGAGGAAGCUGGAGCCGCCGCGUUGGAGGGAGAGAGCGCGGGUGGUGUUGGUCCCGUACCCCUCAGCCCGGAGUCUGGGCGCUACAGCUCGAACGGAGCAGAUACUAGACUAUGUCUGUGGUUUUGGUACUGCUGUGUCAGCUGCCAAUAAUGUUUGCAUUUCCUCAUUGCACAAGAAGAUUAAAGGAUUCAAAGCAUACAGGGAAAGAAGUGUUUACAUCGGAAAAAGAAGCCAAUUUGUUCAUUGGACGACAUCUUCUGUAUAACAGAUUUGAUUUUGAAGUAUUUACCCCUGGUAAUCUAGAAAGAGAAUGCUAUGAGGAGCAGUGCAAUUAUGAAGAGGCAAGAGAAAUUUUUGAAGACCCUGAUAAAACGAUGACUUUUUGGAAAGAGUAUUCCAUUAAGGGACCCAGCACAAAAUUCGGUGGUGAAGCUACACAAAAAAUUGAUGUUACAGGACUUCUGACUGGCCUAGUUGCUACUGGAGUUCUGUUGGUUUUAACUGGAUUACUUAUUUAUUAUUUCUGGAAAAACAGAUGCAAAGCAAGACAACCACCUGGGUACUCAGACAGUGUAAGAAGUAGAAGACAUUCAUCUAUCAUCUUCAGAAGACAUGAAGAGGUUUCUUUAAAUCCACUCCCUCUAAGAACAGAUGAUGAGUCAGGACUGCCAACUUAUGAAGAAGCUGUGACAUUAGGUGGAAAAUACGACGUCCCACCACCACCAUAUCCGGGGCCUGCAAAAGAGUUUAAGAUGUUUAAAAAGUCUAUGUCACUUCCUGCCCCACAAUCCCAAACUUGACUCUGGAGGAGUGAGGAAUUAAUCUUCAUUGGAAGAUGUACAUUUGAAAAGGGGCAGUACCUUGCAAGACAUUUUUCACAAAUGUGAAAGACUUACAGCUCUUCUGCACAGCUAGGAGCAAGUGAAUUAUUUCAUAAUGGAAAUGAAGUUAUUGUUUUGAAAAAGUUUGAUGUAUUUUUCCAGCAUGAAACUUGUUUAUACAAGUUUUUGGUGCUAGAACUGAACCGUGCAUAAAGGUACUAAUCUUUGAGCUCCCAUGCAUUUUGAGAUAGGAAAAAGCUGAUUUGUAACUACUUGUGUUGGAAUCCUUUCCAACGUAUCAAACUACUGAUAUUCCCUUACAAGUUUUAUUUACUGUUUAUUCAGAAGGAAAAAGAUUUUUAAUAUUAAAAUUGGACUUAACACUAACCAUUUUUUAAAUUAAAACUUUAAACCACUGUGAAUAUAUUAAGCAUUGAAUAACUAACAAAAUAGAUACCUCAUUUGGAUGAUAGGUGGGUUUUCUACUGGUUCUAGAAGUAGUAAUGGGCUGUAUUGAUGAAAGCUAGUUAAUCUGUCAAGCUUGUAUAGCGUUAUGGUUUCUGAAUUAAUUUGUCUAAUUUUAAACAUUAACUGGACAGUAUGAGACAAUACAUGGCAGGAAGCCAUGCUUAAGAGGACAGAGGAUAUUCUCUAUGAAAAUCGUGGUUGGGGGUUAUCUAAAAUAAUGACUACAUGUAUUCUCCUCAACUUCAUCACCUAUUUACUGCUCUCUGUUGCAGAACAGUAGUUAUUGCUAGGCAAGUCAGAUACGUGUCUUUCCCUAGAUCCCAUUAACAAGCGACCCAUACCAAUGGCUAGUUGGUAACUAGUAGGAUUAUUUCUCUCCUUCCACAUCCCCACCUUAAUAUACACCGUGUAAAUUUUCAAAGCAUUGUCUUGCAACUUCUCCUUGAACACAAUUUCCAUUGAUUAUCUUAGUCUUGGAGGCUUAAAGUCAAGACUUCUGGCUGAUAAAAUAUGAGUCCAAAAGUUGAUCCUCUGCAUGCUUAUGCAGGUCACUUACAUUGCCCUGCUGGAAUGUCUGAGUUUUUAGAAAUCUCUCAUCCGUAGAAUGUCUAGUAAUCAGAAGACAAUGGACAAGAUUUUCAAAAGGGACUAAUGACUUGGUUACCUUCAUUUCUGGAGCUCCAAUGGGAGACCCCUUUAAAAUUGGAACCCUUUAAGGUAUCACCAGUUGGACAUUCAGAAGCUGAGUCACUUUUGAAAAUCUUGGCCAAUGGUUCAAUAGCAGCAAAUUAAAUGUAAACUUGUAUUUAAAAUGGUUCAUUCAGUCACUGUUUACAUUUAAAGUUGAAUGUUUACUUGUAACGAUUUUUUUGACAGAGAAGUUCAGUGAGAAACUAUGUAAUGACUCCAUAUCACUGUCUUAAAUCUAAAAAUCUCUCAUCUAAAGAGAAAUUGCUGGAAUACUUGAAGAUAUAGGGUGCACUGAGAAUACUACAUAAGGCCAAUCUUGCCUAUAAGUAACUCAGAUUGACUUAAGUGCAUGGAUAAUUAUUUUCUUGUUACUGAUUGACAGGAUUGAGAGUCAAAUUAGUUUCUCUUCUGUCUCUGUCAGACUUGCUUAUAGCCGAUGGCAAGUCACUUAACCCCUGUGCCUUACCCAUUUUACAGAUUGAAAAGUAUACCUACCUACCUCAGGGUACUGAGAUGUUUAAUUAAUUGCCAUUCAUACUUUGAGUGCUCUGAGAUUCUUGGUUGAAGAGUGCCAUUUUUAACUGCUGAAGCCUUAAAGAUUGUGUCCAAUCUACUUCAAAGACUGCAUCUCAACUGAUCAGCUGAUAUAUGAAGUGCUGAGCCAACAGUCCCAUGGCUUAAUCACAAGGAGAGUAGAAACCAAUCAUUAGUGAGAGGUGCUUGACCAUUGCAUUAUCUUGUCAUCUGUAUACCCCAGAUCCCAAAUUCUACUCCUUCAUAAUUGGAUGGGAGAGAUUUGAAGGGGAAGGUCUAGAGAGGUUUGGGGGUUUUGGACAUUGAUCUGAAUGGUUGUAUCUUGUACAUGAGCCAAAAACAUUGCAUCAUAUUUUUUAAAAAUAUAAAUAAAACACUAUAUGAAAUAAGGCCAGAAUAUUCA